AUGACCGUGGAAAAUGUUGGAUCAAAUCCCCGCGAUGCCAACGGGCUAUGCCUGCUGUCACUUGAUGGGGGUGGGGUUCGGGGAUUCUCCACCUUGUUGAUUCUAAGGGAUGUCAUGGCCCAACUGAAUCGUGAACGAGGAGAUGGUCAGCAUCUCAAACCAUGCGAUGUUUUCGAUUUGAUUGGAGGAACCAGUACAGGAGGGCUCAUUGCCAUUAUGCUAGGUCGAUUGGAGCUAGAUGUCGAUGAGUGCAUCGAUGCAUAUAGCGAGUUGAUGGAAUCCGUCUUUGGCGAGAGGAUUAGCCAUAUCCCUGUGGAUUGGUCAUUUAACAUCAGAGCGAAAUUCGACAGCAAUAGACUUAAAGCAGCGAUUGAGCAUGUGAUUACCAAGGCUGGUGCAUCGCCUACUGAUCUUAUGAAUGAUGGAGUGGCUCGCCGCACCAGAACGUUUGUGUGCACUACAUCCAGAGACACUCUUCAGGUCACAAGACUUAGGAGCUACAGUGUCCCCAAUGAGGACACCCUUUCCGCUACAAUCUGCGAGGCAGCUCUAGCAACUUCUGCAGCUACAAAGUUUUUUGAACCGGCCACCAUUGGAAAUCGCCAGUUUGUUGAUGGCGCAUUUGGGGCAAAUAAUCCCGUUGAGGAGGUCGAAGAGGAGGCAGCAGAUAUAUGGUGCACCACUAGUCGAGAGAUAAAGCCCUUGAUCAAAUGCUUCUUGACAGUCGGCACCGGCUGUCCGGCCCUCCCACCAAUGACUGACAACAUGUACAAAUUCAUUAAGGAGACGUUGGUCAAUUUGGCCACCAAACCGGAAAGCACAGAAAGACGCUUCAUGGCGCGAUGGAGCAAGGAAUCCAAGGAGAGGCGAGUGUUCCGCUUCAAUGUUGAGCAAGGGCUGCAGAGCGUUCGUAUGGAUGACUGUUCGCAGCGGAGUUUGAUUGAAAACGCGACACAAGACUACCUUCACCAUUUUUCCCAGAAGUCUCGAAUCCGCGACUGUAUUUUGAACUUGACUGAAAAAGAAGGGAAAACGGAUCUCGACUUUGAUCUGACCAUGCGGGAUUACGGAGCUCAGGCUUUCCGGAACCGUGUUUUCAAGAGCAUCCAAUCAUCCAUUCACUCGUCUUCGCACGGCGAUGCGCCUUGUUGGGUUGUUCCCUUUGAAAGAAAUCCAAAGUUUGUCAAUCGUGAGCAUGUCAGAGCAAUCAAGCGGAAGCUCUUCAAUUAUAUUCAACCAGAACGAAUCGCUAUCGUUGGGCUGGGUGGCGUGGGCAAGACUCAGAUUUUACUAGAGCUAGCAUACCAAACUCGCGAGAUGUACCCCGACUGUGCUGUAUUUUGGAUUCCUGCUGUUGAUAUGGAAUCUCUGGAGCAGGCCUACCGAGACAUCGCGAACAAUCUCGGACUCGAUCACUUUGAUCCAAAGAAAGAAGACAUCAAGUCUGUGGUCCAAAGACAUCUCAGUCAGCGCUACAGCGGCCGAUGGCUGCUUAUCUUUGAUAAUGCGGAUGAGCUGGCCAUGUGGACAGAGCCGACAGCGAAGUCCAAAGGCGGGGGAGCUUUGCGCGGCUUUCUCCCCAAGAGUGACCAAGGCGCUAUCAUAUUCACCACAAGAAGCAACCGGGUGGCCCAAUACCUGGCUGCAACUGAUGUAGUUCAAAUUGGUGAAUUGGACGAGCAAAAGGCUACGAAAGUGCUUAAGAACUGUCUUAUCAACAAAAGCCUUCUCAACGACGCUGAUAGUACCAAGACGCUUUUGGAGAAUCUCACCUUUCUCCCGUUAGCGAUUGUCCAGGCCGCCUCGUUUAUCAAUCAGAAUUCAAUGGACAUUGCGAGCUAUGUUCAUAUUCUAGAGGGCCAAGGUCAAGACACGAUCGAUCUUCUUAGUGAGGAUUUCGAGGAUGAAGGUCGAUACAGGAGUAUACGAAAUCCAAUUGCGACGACGUGGCUCACAUCCUUUAUACAAAUUCAACGAGACAACCAUUUGGCUUCUGAGUACCUCUCCUUCAUGGCCUGUAUCAAUGCGAAGGAUAUCCCAGCUGCGCUUCUUCCACCAGCACCGCAAAUUGAGAAAGAAAAGGCAAUUGGUCUCCUUAGCUCUUACUCUUUUGUUCGUGUACAGAAUGGCGGUACGCGUCUUGACAUGCAUCGUUUGGUGCAACUUGCAAUGCAGAAUUGGCUGAAAUCGACCAACACGCUACAUGGUUGCCAGCAUAAUGCCAUGUGCCAGGUCAGAAACCAAUAUCCACGAUAUGAUAUGUUCGGUCGCGCUGGGUGGCGAUUAGUCCUGCCGCAUGCCCUUCAAGUUCUCCAGCUAACGUCCGAUGAACAUCCGACUAAAGAAAGGGCAUGGCUGCUAAUGAUGGUUGGCACGUGCCAGUAUCACGAAGAGCGACACAAAGAAGCCGAAAGGCUUCUUAAGCAGGCAAUAGAUUGUUUGGGGGUAGUCUAUGGCCCUGACAGUGCUCUCACUCUCGGUGCCGAGCACCCUCAAUCAAUGCAUAUCUUAGGCGAGUUGUCUGCCUCGUAUCGAUCGGUUCUAAACCUUCCAAAGGCUGAGGAGCUAUGCAUGAAGGUUAUCAGGUACAAUUUGAAGGCAUUGACAAGUUCAGACGGAAUGAUUACACCUGAUACCCACAGCCAACAGACAUAUUAUAUUGAAAUUGCAUUUUUCUUAGCUGUCAACAACAUGGUCUCCAUAUAUCAUCACCAGGGUAGGCUCCAUGAUGCCGUUGAACUAGCGGAGCUUGGGAUUUUCCUUGCACGACACAAACGUGGAUCAGACGACCUAUGGACACAGGCCUGUGCCACUGUUCUAGCUGAUAUAUACCUGGAGCAGUGGCAUCUUGAAAAAGCUGAGAUCCUGUAUCUGGAGGUUAUAGAUAGUAUGCGGAAGGUUUUCGGACCAGUACAUUCAGACACAUGCGUGGUCAUGAGCAAGCUGGCCACAGUUUACAAAUACCAGAACCGGACUUCUGAAGCUGUGAACUUGAUGACCGAGACCAUUCGCGUGAAUGAAUCGAUCUUUGGGAAGGGACACGUCUCUUCUUUGGCUUAUUAUACUUCUUUGGAAAUUUGGACUUCACCACAGUGA